ACUUGGAUGCAGAUAAUGUUUUGCAGCUCCGAGGGAUACAUGUACAGACCCAUCAGAUUAAGCUCCGCCACGCAAGCAAAACAGAAGUUCCAGUCCAGGAGUCACCAUGCUGAAGACUUCGACAUCCAAGGCCUUUGCCGCUGCUUUUGGCAUCCUGACUGUAUCUGCCAUUGGCAGCAUUGUGACUAUGAUCAUCUUGUACAAGACUGAGAUCUCGACAAUGAACCCGACGCCACGGCCGACCAUCACUUCCACCACUAUGGGACCGCCGCCUGUCAUGCGGUUGCCGACAAAUCUUGUACCUGAGAACUACAAAAUCUUUCUUCAUCUUCAUUUCUACUCCGAAAUCAUAGAGGAAGUUAAUGUCACCACUCCCAACCAGACUAUGAUGUUCACUGGUAACUCAUCUGUAGAUUUCCAUUGUGUUAAGACGACCUGGAGCAUUUACCUCCAUAGCCGAGACCUGAGGGUUUAUGAUCCGGUGGUGAAGAACAAAAAUACAAAUAAGGAGAUCAGGACAGCUAACAUGAAGUAUCACACAGAUGAAAGUAAUUUCCUGGAGAUCCAGUUAAAGGAUCAACUGGAGGAAGGAAUGAACUACAGCUUGUUUCUGGCAUUCAAGGGGGAGAUAUCGCAACAUCUUCAAGCGUUGUAUGUUAGCACAUACGAUGAAGGUUUUCCACAUCCUGACGAUAAUACAAAUACGGACAGAUUUCUUGCCAGUACCCAUCUGCAGCCAACGGACGCCAGAAGAGUGUUUCCUUGUUUCGAUGAGCCGGAAAUGAAAGCCGUGUUUGUUGUGACAAUCAUUCAUAGACCAAAUAUGGUAGCACUUGGAAAUGAAGAUGAGGCAGGCGCUGAUAUUAUUGAUGGCUGGAAAGUCACUCGUUUUAAUCCGACACCGAAAAUGUCUACAUACUUGUUUGCAUUCACAGUUUCCAAAUUCACACCCAUCCUGUCCAAGCACGACCGUGUGAAAAUUCGAAUAUUUGCUCGGCCAGAGGCGACAAAAGCUGGACACACUCAAUAUGCAGCAAAUGUUACCGGACAGAUUCUUAAGUUCUACGAGAAAUACUUUGACAUGAAGUAUCUUCUGAAAAAGCUGGAUCAAAUUGCACUGCCAGAUUUAGCUGCUGCAGCAAUGGAAAACUGGGGACUGAUCACAUAUGAAGAGGGAGUUUUGCUGUAUGAAGAGGGAGUGUCAUCCCAGUUGCAUAAGGAAACAAUCUCUUAUAUCAUUGCACAUGAACUGGCACACCAGUGGUUUGGAAAUCUUGUGACAAUGAAAUGGUGGAGUCAAGUUUGGCUAAAUGAAGGUUUUGCCACGUAUUUGUCAAACUUGGCGCUGGAUGAAGUUGAACCUACAUUUAAAAUGAGAGAAAUGUACACCACGAGUGAGCUCCAUGCAGCAUUUGAGCAGGAUGCAUUGGUUUCUUCACAUCCUCUUACUGUCUCAAAUAACGACGUUCAGUCCACUUCACAGAUCAUCGAGAUGUUUGAUGCUAUAACCUACUACAAGGGAGCAAUUGUGCUGAGAAUGCUUGCAAAUGCUGUGGAGCAAAGAGUUUUCGACAAAGGGAUUAAAAUGUACCUCAGUGCCUUUAGUUUUGGAAAUACCGACCAGCAUGACCUUUGGGACUACAUACAAAAGGCUGUUCAUGACGAUGGGGGUCACAUUGAUGUUGCCAAGGUGAUGGGCACAUGGACCAAUCAAAAUGGAUAUCCUGUCAUUACCAUCAACACUACAAAUGGCAAGAUCUACCAGAAGCACUUCCUGUUCAACAGUUCUUUUGACACUAGUCAAUUGUGGCAUAUCCCAAUUCAAGUGGUGUCAAAUACAUCAGGAACUUCUCUCCAAUGGUUGGAGACCAGCAACACAGUUAAAGACGCAUUCAUUUCUAAGCACGGAGAGUGGAUCCUUGCAAAUGUCAAUUGUACCGGAUAUUAUCGUGUCAAUUACAACCCAGAGAACUGGGAACGACUCCUCGUUCAGCUGGAAUCAAACCCACAUCGCAUUCCAGUGAUGAACAGAGGACAACUUAUUGAUGAUGCAUUUAAUUUGGCAAGGGCCAAAAUUGUUGACGUGACUCUGGCUCUAAAUGCAACGUGGUUCCUCCGUAGCGAGAAAGAUUACAUACCCUGGGAGUCCGCCGUUCGGAAUCUUGAGUACUUUGUCCUCAUGUUUGAUCGCUCUGAGCUGUAUGGACCUAUACAGAGCUAUCUUCGGGAUCAAGUUGAAAACUUGCACAGCUUCUUCAGCAACUUGACGGACAACUCUGAAGUUCCAAUGGACCAUUCCUUACAGCACAGCCAGAUCAUAGCCAUUGAUGUGGCUUGUUCCAACGGACUCCAAGAAUGCAUAGAUAGAGCCACGUGGAUGUUUAACAACUGGAUGAAUACCAAUGAUACCAACACUAACAGCAUUCACCCCAACUUGCGGUCAGUCGUCUACUGCCAAGCUGUCGCUGCUGGGGGGAAAAAAGAGUGGGAGUUUGCUUGGAAUAAGUUCCAGACCACCAGUGAAACCUCAGAGAAAGACCAGCUUCGUAAAGCACUGUCGUGCACCAAGAAGAUCUGGCUUCUAAGCAGAUACCUGGAGUACACUUUGGACCCUGAGAAGAUACGACUGAUGGAUGUUACUUCGACUAUUAACUACAUUGCCACAAACGUGGCGGGGCAUGGAUUGGCCUGGAAUUUUAUUCGAGCGCACUGGGACUACGUUAGUCAGGGGGAUGGAGCCAAGCUGAUAGAGGGAGUGACCAGGAGGUUCUCGACACAGUUCGAACUGGAGGAGUUGGAGAAGUUUGCAACAAACUACGAUCUUGGUCCUGCUUCUGCGGCUGUGGACCUGGCUAUAGAGCAAGUCAAAGUCAACAUUGAGUGGAUCAGCGAGAACAAGGACAUCGUACUGGAGUGGUUUCAAAGCAAAACUCAGAACGAUAUCGAGCCUUUGUUUGGUCCAUCAGAUGGUGAAAGCAGCUUUUAAAGCCCUCCCUCUGCUACUAAAUACAGAAUCUAAGGUAACUCUUAAAUCAAUUCCAACAAAAUGGACCAAAAAAACUGACUGAUGCACUUUUCUAAAACCGUCUUCCUGAGAUGAAUACAGAAUCUAAGUCAAAUGUAGAUUACGUUACAAAAUUAAACAUACUCUAUCCAUCCCUCCAUUUUCUGAGCCACUUCUGGCAGACACUCUAACCAGUGCCGUGCCGCCUAAACAUACUCUACUCUGCUAAAAACAUUAAUCAAUACUUAUUUAUUUACAAUAUAACCUCCCAAUGCACGUGGAAAACAGAUGAAUGCUGCAAAUGUACAUGUCCAGCAUGUACACAUCAGAGCCAAAGAACAGAAUCCUAACUGUUAUAAAAUAAUUUUUUUAGAAAGCUGAUUUUUUUUUGUUUUAAUCACAUGACCAGAUCAUUUGUGUGUUAGGUUGAAAUUAAGUCCUUGUGUACAAUAGAGGGGCUUCAGAAAAUAUUGGCACCUUAUGGUCACUGAUAUCUAAUAUACACUAGUAACAAGGCUGAUCCUUACAGUAUUUCUUUGUUAUAAUAAAACACGAGCAAGUUCAGCCUACUUAUUUAUUCAUCUAUUCUAUAGAGCAAAUGUUCACCGAAAACAUUCCAUUGAGUUCAGAAUGACAAAGAACUGCAAAGAAUGAUGACAGUUUGGGCUAUUUAUGUUUAUUGUUUACAUCCAUCCAUUUUCUGAGCCGCUUAUUCUCACAAGGUUCGCGGGCAUGCUGGAGUCUAUCCCAGCUAUCACCGGGGAGGAGGCGGGGUACACCCUGAACUGGUUGCCAGCCAAUCGCAGGGCACAUACAAACAAACAACCAUUCGAACUCACAUUCACACCUACGGGUAAUUUGGAGUCCUCAAUUAACCUACCAUGCAUGUUUUUGGGAUGUGGGAGGAAACCGGAGUACCCGGAGAAAACCCACGCAGGCACGGGGAGAACAUGCAAACUCCACACAGGCGGGGCCGGGGAUUGAACCCGGUCCUCAGAACUGUGAGGCAGACACUCUAACCAGUCGUCCACCGUGCCGCCUUAUUGUUUACAUUAUUACAUUAUUAUUACUUUGUACCCUUGAGGGCAGGAAUGGGAAUAAUUUAGGUACAAACCAUGUGUACAGUGUGUAUGUUUGUAACUUUGUCAUCAUACAUGACAAAAAUAAGGUGGGGACAAGUGACCAACAAGCAAUGUGUACCAAAGGAUUGUAAAAAUAAAAUAAAAUAAAAUAACUGAGUACAGUAUGUCCAUUUUUUGUACACUCUGCCUUUUACAUUGAAUUCAUCACCAACUAAGAUGACAAAGAUGCAUUGUUAUAAUGUAUUGAAAAACAUUUCACGCAUAACAAACUCUGGAUUCACGCUGCUUUUUCCCAGUUUUCAUGUACUGUAGGUAGUUUCAUGCAUUUUAUAUAUUUACUCCUGUAAUAGUUUAUUAGAUGAUUGUGAAAAUAAUGUGCAUACAUACAUUUGUAAGGGGCAUUGGUAGUUAAGUGUUUCUCAUAGUUGACUCAGGCACAACUGGUGUGGAAUUAGUCAUUCAAACUGCUCUAAGUGCGAGAGGACUCUGCAUCUUGUUGCACAAUUGUCAAAAAAUAAAAAAUAAAAAAUAUAAAAUUUGUACCGGCAUUACUAGAUAACUAGCAACCCUUUAUUGCUCAGUGACUGUUUUUUGUCAAUGUCUUUAUGUUGUCUGUUGUCAUACUAGAGCGGAUCAAAAUACCGGAGACGAAUCCCUUGUGUGUUUUUUGGACAUACUUGGCAAAUAAAGAUGAUUCUGAUUCUGA